CGUCACUCCUAAGUGCGUCGUCGGCUUUACGUGAGGACGCACUACGGCGGCUGAAGAGAGAAAUGUGGGCGCGGGCGGUGAAGCUGGGCCUACGGUCCUGGGUGGGCUGGCGCCGGGGCUUCACCUCCAAGGCGGAUCCUCAGCGUAGUGGCAGGGUCACGGCCGAGGUGAUCGAACACCUGGAGCGUCUAGCCCUUGUGGACUUCGGCAGCCAAGAGGCUGUAGCACGGUUGGAGAAAGCCAUCGCCUUUGCCGACCGGCUCCGCGCCGUGGACACGGACGGGGUAGAGCCCAUGGAAUCAGUACUGGAGGACAGAUGUCUAUACUUGAGAUCUGACAAUGUGGUAGAAGGCAACUGUGCUGAAGAACUACUACAAAACGCCCAUCGAGUUGUGGAGGAGUAUUUUGUAGCCCCCCCAGGUAAUAUCUCUUUGCCAAAGCAGGAUGAACAAGAGCCUUUUUCACACAUCUGAGUAGCUAUUCUGGGAAUGGGUACCCUAUGAACACGUGGAAGCCCAAAGAUAGUAUUUUGUUACUGUGAACAGUAAUGUUCCAACUUUCUUCAGUCACCUGAAAAAAAACUGAUGGUUAAGUAUUUUUUAAUAACUCUCUGAAGACAAAAUUGGGAAAUAAUCUAGCCAAAACAAGGCAGUGAGUUCCUACUGCUACUGGAAGAGGUAUUGUUACUUUCCAAGUAUUUAUUCACAGACUGUUCAGUAUGUAAGAUGUUAUCCUCCUUUAUCUCCUCUAGAGACUAUCUACCAAACUGCACUUAAGUGAAUUUUUCUGUUGAUGUAACUAUUAGACAGUGCAUCUGAUCACUAUGUGACAACGUGUGUUGUACUUUUUAGUUGCUGUUUCUGUCAAUCCAAGAAACCUUGUAUCUUUACCAAACAAAUUCAGAUUUGUCCCUGGGUACCUACUUUGUUCCCAGCAGAAGGCUAACUUUCUCCUAAGGUGUGAAGAGUAUUCAAAGUAGACUCUACAGCUUGCGAACUCCUAACCUACAAUCAUCCACUAUCCCACAAAGUGAUUACAUGCAAAAGGGAUGCCAGCCACAGCUAUAGUUUUUCUUGAAAGAACCUAUGUCAAAAAUAGCCCUGGGGAUAGCUAAACAGUACUGUACUGUACACUAAAAAUUUGCCAAGAGGGUAGAUUUUGUAUUAAAUGUUCUUACCACAAAUAAAUCUUGAGUAGGGAAGCAACUUUGGGAGAUGAUGGAUAUGUUUAUAGCCUUGAUGGUGGUGAUGCUUUCAUGGAUACACACUUAACCCCAAACUCACUGAGCUGUAGAGAUUAAGGAAGUACAACUUUUUACAUGUCAAUCAUACUUCAAUAAAGUGGCUCUUUAAAAAAA